UCAAACAACCGAAUGGGGCUAAUACCAUUAUAGUGUACGGACGAUCGAGGUUCGUUACAUGGUUAGUUUGGGUUAAUACAAUUAUCAUUAUUAGUUUAUAAUUAUUCUAUAAACUGAACCACGGUCCCACAUUAAUUCAAAAAUGAAGACAUUUUGUCGAGAUUUAAUUAAUGUUCUGACGAGAGAUCUUUGUUGGGUUUAUCAGGAAAUCGUAGCAGAAAGUUGUGUAGUGUUGUGGAUAGCUUGUCAGUUGUCGGUGAUAUUUGCCGCUCGCGUACUCCCCAGUUGGAAACCAACCAGAGCCGAUCUACGUGAGGCAACGUACUUCGACAGCGUUUUGGGUUUUCUUGGAUAUGAAACGAAUGGAUGUUUUUGGGAUCGGGUCAUGUCUUAUUGGGAAGCCUCCGGCCAGUCCACGGAAAGCCUAAGCGAGAUCAGAAUUAACUUUGGCUUCAUCGGAACAUAUUUGUUGUUUUUCGCAACGGGGACGCUCUUCGUUUCCUUUUGUUGUUAUCUAUGGGCCAAUCGUUACUGGCGGUUGCCCGGUUAUCCAUCACAGCACCUACCACUCUGCCAAACCAUCAGCCGUUUUUUUGGUUCUCCCGAUAGCGAUACUCCUGUGAACCCCGGUCGCUUUGAUCCCCUCAUCCGAAUCACCGAAUAAUAAUGGCAGCGAGGACACCACUGGAGCGAUCACCGUUGUGAUCGCUGAUACCACUCCGUCCCAAGGCGAGAAGCAGAAACGUGCCUGUCGCAGAAUUGAAGAUCUACCCGAACGAUGGCAAACCGUGAUAUGUGUCGCGUUCUUUGCUUUGGUUUGGUUUCCGUUCGUAUAUCUGGCGUUAUUUCUGUGGGCCGCAGUAUUGACCAUACCGUUGGUGUGGUUGGCUGGAAUCAUCACACUAUCCUUCGUAACGCUGUUGGGCGAGCAAGUGAUUUUUCCCUUCUGCGUGACCUUUAUGACGGUACUAUCCAUAUACUGCUGUGGGAGGAUGUGGCGAUUGUGGAUGCGAGAGAGCUAUCUAUCCUCUUUUUGCAGUCAAAUAAGGGCUUUAUGCAGACGUAAACCGCUGCCAACAAUACCCGUUCCAAAGGCCUUAGGGUCAGAUACGGAGGUGGUGCGAGAAUACGAAGCAUGGAUUGGGCUCUUAACCUUCGGGCUUGGUGUAUACCUAAACUCGUAUUCUCUGGUCCAAGCCUUUCCGCAAAGUCCCGCGUUGGCCGAUUUUAAGCCUUGGGCUAUCGGCGCUGCAGUGAGCUGCACUCUCAAUUCUUCGGCGGACAAUUAUAUGGUACGGCCUUUUGCGGCACUAGUUUCGUACUGGGUGGAUAUCAGCAAUAACCUGGGAAACACAACCAACCUGACCGUUUCAUCAGAUUUAACGGUUAUUUCGCAACCAAUAGGAAUCGCUUUUCUGGCAUGGGGCGGUACAGUUGUCUUCAUGGGACUUUUACCCUGGAUACUGCUGGCAGCUGCGGAAGCUGUAGGUGUCGCAGUGGCGAUCGUAGCCUGCAUCGUUUGUUGUAUACGCGGCAGGUGCUGUCCCAAGAGGAAUCGCUGGGCUAAACCUGCGCAAGCGGCUAAGAAGAGGCCCGAGGCGACCCAUUGCGCGUGCGUAACGGCAGUGUGGGUCGACCGUUUUGCUAUUAUUAUCUUUGCCCGACCGCUGAUGUGGGCAGCGCUACCGUGGCCCCUGGCGCAGUUCUUUCUCCCGGAACACCUGCAGCUGCCCGGCGUUCUUCUGGUACUGACCGGAAUUCUUGUAUGGAUGUAUUAUGUGUGGAUACGCCAUGUACAAAGGCAAUGGAAAGAAGGCCGCUAUGAACCGUAUCUUCGCCGUUUCCGUAAACUGACACCCAGUCCACGACAGGCAGAUAGUCUGCAGCCCAAUGAGUGCAAUGGGCUUUUGAAACCGGAAAUACCGAGCUAAAAUUUGGACUCUGUGCAAUCCUCAAGUCCUCCUACAUUUCGCAUUUACUUAUUUUUUAGUUUUUAAAUGUUUGGUAUUAUUAUUUUCUAGUGUAAAAUUACUGUAAGUCUUCUGGUGCUAAAUCUCUACUGCAGAUGUA